AUGUCACAAGAUAAAGACCCCUUGGAGAAAUUUUAUUUGCAAUUUCAAAAAUUCGUUCAAAAUAACCCCAAUGUCAUAUCUGCUGCGAGAGCUGCUUCUCAAAUACCAGAGUCUGCUAAAGCUAUAGUUAUUUUGUCUCCUUACUCUUUACAGCAUAUUUUCCCCAGAGAAUGGGUCUCUAAAUCGUAUAAGAAGACUAUAGUAGAGAGACCAGAACGUCUGCUAGCUGCUUCAAUGGGUAUAGCUGCAGCUAUUACAAUGUACCCGGCUUUAUUUACUUUAAAAUCAUCCCAUAACAGACUAGGUUCCUUGCAUGCACCUCACGUGAUAAAAGUUCACGGUUCCAAAUGGCCCAAUGAGGUUAUAAGACUAUGUCACGAGGCAGAUUCAAAAUUAAGAGAGGGAAAGCUGGAAGUUCCCGAGUCUUGGAAUGCUGGUGACAUAUAUUUAAAUUCUGACACAAUAAUGGCUCUGAAAGGGUCUAUUGGUGCCAUAGAAACAGGUGUAGACUCUAUUUUCAAUGGUCCCUCCCCGGAACAUAUAUGUAAUAGAGCGUUUGUCGCAAUUCGUCCCCCAGGGCAUCAUUGUCACGUAGGUAUGCCAUCUGGCUUUUGCCUUUUAAAUAAUGCAAAUAUUACGAUUGAGUAUGCUGCCAAUACUUAUGGUGUCACACAUGUUGUUGUCUUAGAUUUUGAUUUGCAUCAUGGUGAUGGAACCCAAGAUAUUUGUUGGAAACGUGCAGGCUUCAAACCAGAUGGUAAUUACAUUGAUGAAGCAGAUUCCACAGGUUAUGAUGAUUUUGAGAAAAAAAUGGCUGAUUUUCCUAAAGUUGGUUAUUUCUCAAUGCAUGAUAUUAAUUCUUUCCCUACAGAGUCUGGUUACGCUACAAGAGAAAACAUUAAAAAUGCUUCAACCUGUAUAAUGAAUUCUCAUGAUUUGAAUAUUUGGAACGUGCAUCUAUCUAAAUGGUCCACAGAAGAAGAUUUUCUUAAAUUAUACCGUUCCAAAUAUAGAACUUUAUUUGCCAAAGCUGAUGAAUUUUUCAAGGCUGCAAAACUAGAGAUGGCAUCGAUGGGUAAACCAUAUAAAGGUUUAGUCCUAAUUAGUUCCGGUUUUGAUGCCUCAGAAUUCGAACAGGUGUCGAUGCAAAGACAUAGCGUUAACGUUCCAACAACUUUCUAUACAAUGUUCACUAAAGAUGCUUUGAAGUUAGCACAGAUGCAUUGUCAUGGGAAAGUUAUCUCCAUUAUGGAAGGUGGUUAUUCUGACAAAGCAAUAACAUCCGGUGUCUUUGCACAUCUUAUUGGUUUACAAAAUCAGGAUUGGAUAAAAGAAUGGGGGUCUGAACAAGUCGUUAAAGAAAUUGUUCGUGGUUGUAAACCUACUUGGAAACCUUAUAAGACCAAGAGAAAUGAUGAUGUUAUUAGAGUUUGGGCAGAAGAAGUUAUCAGACUAGGUAGAUCAAUGAUUCCAGAGUUUGAUGAUGUCAUUUUCAAAGAAAAACUCAAACUUGAAAAAGCAAAACACUCAACUUUCGAUGGUCAAACUAUUUCUCAAAGAGUAACAAGGUCAAUUGCUGCAGCAAGGGAAACUGGUGUGUCGAUGAACGACAGAAUUAUAAAGAAUGAACUCAAUGUGGAAAGGGUUCCUGUUAAACAAUUGAUCAAUCAUAAGGCGCAGCAACAUAAGGUACCAUUUGUAGAGCAAGACCUUUCAAGCGAGGAUGAAGAGGAUAACGAUUACGUAUAUGAUGAGGAGUUGAAUAAAACAUUCAACCGUACUGUGGAGGAUAUUACCAUCGAUGAUAUUUCAAGACAUUUAGAAACUUUAGAAAUCAUUCAAGAUGAGGAAGAAAAUGAAAACGAAAAUGAAAGAAUGGUGUCACAAAAUCCAUCUUCUUCCUCUUCUUCUAGAUCAAGAACUACAGGUAACGGUCAACGUCACUUACAAAGUAAUGGAAUGUAUAAAAUUCCUUCAAGUACUACGACACAGCAUUUAAGACAUAGUCGUAACUCUCGUACUAUACCGACAGCUAAUACGUAUCAACACGCCAAUAAUAACACUAGUAUUGCGACCUAUGAUGAUAGUGAUGUCUCUAUGAUAUCUCAUAUCUCGACAAAAAAGCACACCACUAGAAGCGGUGGUAGAUGGUAG